CCUUUAGACUCGUUUUUCCGAUCACCACCAUGGCCGGGGCAGGGAAAAGCUGUCAGCGCUUGUACGAGAAGACUGCCUCAGAGAGGACAUGCCCGAGGAACUGCUUCGAGCCUCCGAGCGGACCCUGUCUCGACUACAAGCUGGAGCUGCCCCGCGAAGACUUGGUCGAUCCGCAGUUGGAGGUGAUACAGGUGACCCUCAAGCCCGACGGCCCACCGCGCAAGGAGAUCGACAUCCGAGCCGAGUGCAGCCAGAGCUGCAGCAGGAACAAGGACAAGGAUGAAGCCUACUGCACCUUAUGUGCAGCCCAGGAGCGGAACAUACGACCCAACCUGUGCUCCGCCGAAUGCAGGCCGCUCCAGACCAUUAUGCACCUGAACGAGUACACCAAGCGACCUCUUCCCAAGCCAACCUACAAGCACAGCGUCAUGCUGGACGACAACACUGUGGUGGGGCGCUGCUUCCCAAUGCUGUUCCGCCUGCGCCGCCUGAAAAACAAGUGCCUCAGCUGCGGCAGGGAUCUCCUCUACAGGCAUCCCAUAACGGCCAGCAAAAACCUGCUGCUGCUGUCCAACUGCUGCGACGUAGAGGUGUAUCCCCAUCAAAAGGUCGAGAACAUGAACAACGUGCCUGUUGGGAUGAUAACCGGGCCUAAGCGCAUCACCAAACGGGUGUUAAAAGAUAGGUCCGAGUGCCGUAUGUUUGCCCUGCCCCCGCCACCCCCUCCUCCAGAGAUCGUACCACCGAUAAGGUCCAUAGUGAAGAAGCCAAAGGGUAAAAAAGGAAAAGGGAAAAAGAAGGGUAAAAAGUAGUUCGAAGCACACUGCAGUAAUAUUAGAUCAGAAUAAAUUGAAAAACAAA